CUGGUUGUAUGUCCUGUGAUGCGGUGCUGCGGAACUUCCCGAAUCCGUAUUUGAUUCGGACCGAGCCGGAAUAUCACAUGAUCUAGAGCAAACCUAUUAUGUCAUGCAUACUCACGUGAUAUCGCGGGACCUCGCCCACGGCUCUAGCCAAAUGAGGUAAAGACCAAGCCGCGCAGUCAACUUCCAUCGUUGCCGGCUUUCACGAUUGCUUCCGCAGGUCCUAUUAUUCGCAUUGCUCCAUUCCCCGCGUCUAUCCUCCUCUAUCAAACCUACUCCAAUUCACCACAAUGGUUGUCUACUACCAGAUUGCCGGCAAGCAGGUCGGCUCCCACGUCCUUGCCAUGGGCGUCAUGGGCACCCUGUUCGGUGGUAUCUACCUCUCCACUCGCGGUGGUGGUCAGAAGAAGCAGGCUACUCCUCCCAUUCAGGCCUCUUCCAAGGACGAGGAGAAGUUCAUCCAGGACUUCUUGAACCAAGUAAAUGG